AUGGAGUGCCGCAUUGCUGGAAUUUAUGGAUCUCUUCGUAGAGAUAGUUGUAAUAAAAAAUUGAUUCUUCGAGCUCAGCAAUUAUGUGCUGAACAUGUACCUAAAGCUCGGAUUGAUAUAAUCGAUUGGAGUCAACUACCUGUUUUUAAUCAGGAUUUGGAAGAAGAUCCGCCUAACUCGGUUCUUAAACUUAAAGAAGAAAUCGGAAAUUGUGAUGCAAUUCUUUUCUCUACUCCUGGUCCUUUAAAAAACGCAAUCGAUUGGGCAAGUAGAACAAGAAUUGGUAAUCGUGGUGAUGUUCUCUCCAAAAAACCUGUCGCCGUAAUUAGUACUUGUUCUUCAGGAACCGGUUCUGUUCAAACAGUAUUAAACCAAAUUUUGAUUGCCCUGAACAUGAUAACCGUUGACACACCAUCUAUAAUGUUAUCUGGGGCUUAUAAAACAUUUCAAGAGGAUGGUAGUUUGAAAAGUAAAGAAAUUGAAGAAAAAAUUGUAAAACUAUUAAAUGAUCUUGUGAUUUUAAACAAACGUUUAAAAGACAAGUUUUAA